CAGAUCAGUUGUCUGAUGCUCAGUGCUGUGCUCUUUUGGCAAAUGUUACUGUUGCCCUGAUUAUUUUUAUAGACUUGCUUGACCUUUAUCAGCUAGAUACUUAACCUCGACCAAUCUGGGUUAGUGGCUGUUACUUUAGGCACCGAUGACGUUAAACUAGCGGGGGUGGUGAAGGUGCAUUGGGUCUAGAUACAGUACUAACGUGCGGAUACCAAUCUUGAGAUUUUAAGGUGCAGAUUUCUAAGGCAGUUUGGAUAGCUCGAAGGGGGUCCUGUUGAAUUCCUGCUCAUCGUUUCCUGUAUGUUAAGGACGCGUUAAGAAGGGCAAUCAUGACACAUAGUAAACAAAUAAGAGUGAUGGUCCUCAAUGACAUGGAGAAGCUUGACAGGACCCUCUUCCGUCUGGAACAAGGGUUUGAGCUCCAGUUUCGACUGGGCCCCACUCUGCAAGGAAAGCAUGUGCACGUUCACACAAACUACCCCGCUGAGGGGGAACGUUUUGAUCGGCACAAAUUCCGUGCCCUAGACUGGAUCAACCCAACUGGAAGAGAGGAUGAUUCCGACAAGUUCUGCACCCUUAACCUCCAGAUUUCUGGCUCAUACCAGUAUUACUUUGGUCAUGGAGAUGAGGAGAAGUCUGGUGGUGGAUAUAUUGUGGUGGACCCUGUACUCCGGGUCGGGGCAGACAACCAUGUUUUGCCAUUGGACUGCAUCAGUAUCCAGACGUACUUGUCCAAAUGUCUUGGGCCGCUGGAUGAGUGGUUGGACAGACUCAGGGUUGCCAAAGAGGCAGGAUAUAAUAUGAUUCACUUCACGCCACUACAGACGUUGGGUAAAUCUCGAUCCUGUUAUUCUCUGGCCGAUCAACUGGAGCUCAACCCAGACUUCUCACCUCCUGGGCAAAAAUACACCUGGACAGAUGCUGGCAACCUGGUGGAGAAGAUGAAGAACGAGUGGAAUAUGUUGUGCAUCACUGAUGUAGUUUACAAUCAUACAGCUGCUAACAGCAAAUGGAUUCAGAAACAUCCAGAGUGUGGUUAUAACCUGGUUAACUCCCCUCACCUGAAGCCAGCCUGGGUGCUGGACAGAGCAUUGUGGCACUUUUCCUGUGAAAUAGCUGAUGGCAAAUACAAAGACAGGGGUCUUCCAGCCCUUAUCCGGAAUCACGAACACCUUCAUCAUCUACGUGGAAUCCUCUGGCAGGAUGUAUAUCCCAAAAUUAAACUGUGGGAGUUCUUUCAAGUCAAAGUGGAGCCUAUGGUGGAGCAGUUUAGAUUUUUACUCCAAGAUGGAGCCAAACCAAACAGCAGCGAGACUGAUGGAAAACAGCAACUAAAGAUUAUACAGGACCCUCAGUACAAACGCUUUGGUAACACAGUGGACAUGAACUCCGCUCUGGAGAUCUUUGUGCCCCAUAGUACCAGUCCUAGUGCCAUUGAAGACUGCUGUACCUGGCUGAGGAGGAGACUGGAAGAGUUAAAUGAUGAACAGUUCAGAGAAAUCCAACACCAUCAGGAGCAGGCUCUUAACUGCAUUGAUGGAACUGUGACCUAUGAGAGACUUGCUGCUCAUGGACCCAAGCUGGGCCCUAUCACCAGGAAAGACCCUCUGGUCACAAGUUAUUUCACGUUCCCGUUUGAGCCGUCAACCCUUGAGGAGGAUCUGAAGCUGAUGAAUCAACCAGAAAAGUCCUGUCACUUCCUGGCCCAUAAUGGCUGGGUCAUGGGGGAUGACCCGUUGAGAAAUUUUGCAGAACCAGGCUCCAAUGUCUACAUCAGGAGGGAGCUGAUUUGCUGGGGCGACAGCGUUAAACUGCGCUAUGGCAAUGGGCCUGAAGACUGCCCGUACCUAUGGGCCCACAUGCAGAAAUACACAGAGAUCACAGCCAAACACUUUGUGGGAGUUCGUCUGGACAACUGCCAUUCAACUCCACUGCAUGUGGCUGAGUUCAUGCUGGACGCUGCCCGCACUAUAAGGCCUGAACUAUACGUGGUGGCUGAGCUCUUCACUGGCAGCGAGGAGCUGGAUAAUGUCUUUGUGACUAAAUUAGGAAUCUCUUCACUCAUCAGAGAGGCCAUGAGUGCUGGAGACAGUCAUGAGGAGGGCAGGCUGGUCUACCGGUAUGGAGGUGAGCCUGUGGGGGCUUUCCUACAGCCCAGUCUCAGACCCCUGGUGCCCAGCAUCGCCCAUGCUAUGUUCCUGGAUGUCACACAUGAUAAUGAGUGCCCUAUUCAGGUCCGCUCGGCGUACGAUUCAUUGCCGAGCUCUGCUAUUGUUUCUAUGGCCUGCUGUGCCACUGGAAGCACCAGAGGUUAUGAUGAGUUAGUCCCCCAUCAGAUCUCUGUUGUAUCGGAGGAGCGGUUCUAUUGCAAAUGGAAUCCUCAGGCUAAACCUUCGUCCCUCUCUGAGGUCAACUUCCAGUCGGGAAUCAUUGCUGGAAAGCUGGCCCUCAAUAGGCUACACCAGGAACUGGCAGCAAAAGGAUUUAACCAGGUGUUCGUGGACCAAGUGGAUGAGGACAUUGUGGCCGUCACUCGGCAUUGUCCCAGUACGCACCAGUCUGUGGUGGCUGUGUGCCGCACUGCUUUUAAGAACCCUAAACACCAUCACUACCCAGACGAGGUUCCACCAAUGUGCAUCCCUGGUAAGAUAGAGGAGGUGGUGCUGGAGGCGCGUAUGGUGGAGAGGAAGGCAGGUACUUACAAAAAAGAUGAGAGCAGCAUUAAUGGCAUGCCUGAGUACACAGUGGAGAUUAAAGAGCACAUCCAGCUUAAGGACAGUAAGGUGGUGCGGCAGGCCGGCGUGACGUCUCGGGGGCGCAGCGAAUUUGUGCAGGAGAUCGUGUUCGAGCAGCUCACGCCUGGAAGCGUCAUCGCUUUCAGAGUAAGUCUGGAUCCCAAAUCCCAGGAGCUGGUCGGUGUGUUGAGGCAUCAUCUCAUUCAGUUUAACCCUUUAUAUAAAGCAGGCAGCCUGGCUGAUCAAAGCACACCUGCUGCACUGAAGACCCCACUUGCACAGAUUAUGUCUAAACUGACCCUGGCUGAUUUGAAUGUUCUACUUUUUCGCUGUGAUGCUGAGGAGAAGGAGGACGGAGGAGGAUGUUACAACAUCCCCGGCUGGAAAUCACUUAAAUAUGGCGGACUGCAAGGGCUUAUAUCAGUGAUGGCAGAUAUUCGACCCAAAAAUGAUCUAGGCCACCCGUUCUGUGACAACCUGAGGCAGGGGGAUUGGAUGAUUGACUAUGUGAGCAACAGGCUGAUGUCCCGUGGUGGCACUCUGGCAGAGGUGGGUCAAUGGUUCCAUGCUAUGUUUGCAUACCUAAAGCACAUCCCUCGCUAUCUCAUCCCAUGUUACUUCGAUGCCAUCUUGGUAGGGGCUUACACCACUGCCCUUGAUGUGACUUUCAAACACAUGUCAAGUUUUGUACAGAAUGGCUCAACUUUCGUAAAGCUUCUGGCUCUUGGAUCGGUCCAAAUGUGUGGCAUAGGUCGAUUUCCAGCUCUUCCACCUGUCUCACCAUCCCUGAACGAUGUGCCCUAUCGUAUGAACGAGGUCACGAAACAGAAGGAGCAGUGUUGUGUCUCUAUGGCUGCAGGUUUGCCUCAUUUCUCUGCUGGGAUUUUCCGCUGCUGGGGCAGAGACACAUUCAUCGCUCUGAGGGGACUUAUGCUGGUUACCGGCCGACACCUGGAGGCCAGGAACAUUAUCCUUGCAUUUGCUGGUACUCUGAGACACGGCCUGAUCCCCAACCUGCUUGGAGAGGGUGUGGGUGCGCGUUUUAAUUGCCGUGAUGCCGUUUGGUGGUGGUUGCAGUGCAUUCAGGACUAUUGUACUUUGGUGCCCAACGGGAAUGACAUCCUUCAAUGCCCCGUGUGUAGAAUGUACCCUACAGACGAUUCUAAACCCCUCCCACCUGGGACUGUGGAGCAGCCGCUACUUGAGGUGAUUCACGAAGCAAUGGAGCGUCACUUGCAGGGUAUGGAGUUUAGAGAGAGGAAUGCUGGACCACAGAUUGACCGCAACAUGAGGGAUGAAGGUUUUAAUAUAGUGGCCAAGGUGAACCCUGACACUGGCUUUGUGUACGGUGGAAAUCGAUUCAACUGUGGAACCUGGAUGGACAAAAUGGGAGAGAGUGAGAGAGCCCGCAACAAAGGCAUCCCAGCUACACCCAGGGAUGGUUCAGCCGUGGAAAUAGUUGGUCUGUGUAAGUCUACCUUACGCUGGCUGGUGGAGCUAAACAAACAAGGACUGUUUCCAUACAAAACCCUGAACGUGAUCCGAGAUGGCACACAGCUGUCUGUGUCCUAUGAAGACUGGGAUAGAAAAAUCCAGAAGAACUUUGAGAAGUGGUUCUAUGUGUCCCAGGACCCGGACGACCCCGCCGAGAAGCACCCUGAGUUGGUUCAUAAGCGGGGCAUUUACAAAGACAGCUGUGGAGCCUCCAGCCCCUGGUGCGACUACCAGCUCAGACCCAACUUUACCAUUGCCAUGGUGGUGGCUCCAGAGCUGUUUACUGUGGAGAAAGCCUGGGAAGCCUUGAACGUUGCACAAGAGAAACUGCUUGGACCUCUUGGGAUGAAAACCUUAGACCCAGAUGACAUGGUUUACUGUGGAGUUUAUGACAAUUCGCUUGACAAUGACAACUACAACAUCUCCAGAGGCUUCAACUAUCACCAAGGCCCUGAGUGGCUUUGGCCGAUCGGAUACUUCCUCCGUGCCAAGAUCUAUUUUGCUAAGAAGCUUGGUAAAGACACUUAUGAAAAAACUGUGUUAUUGGUGAAGAAUGUCCUCUCUCGCCAUUACGUCCACAUGGAAAGGUCAUCCUGGAAGGGUCUGCCAGAGCUCACUAAUGAGAAUGGACAGUACUGUUCCUUUAGCUGUGAAACACAGGCCUGGUCUAUUGCCACUGUGCUUGAAGUUCUUCAUGAUCUGUGAGCUUGGAUGUCCUCCGUUUGUCUUCCACAAGUGAUCUUGUUUGUGAGCUCCUGAGCUAUAUAGGUUACCACCUUGAGCCAAUACAGACAGUUUACCUCACUCUUCAGUGUAGUCCCAGUGUCAGUAAAGCAUUACUUUGUCUUGAUGUACCCCUCCCUUUGUAUCAUGCAGUUAAAACUGUAGCAACUUCUUUUAAAUGCUUGAGGCUGAAGGUUGGUCAUAACGUAAUGGAUAGUCAUAAUGCUAUGUUGUUGUUGUUGUUCUGUCUGUCUGGCACAUUUCCUGUGUUUCAGUGUCUAAUAUAAAUAAUUUAUUAGGUUAGUGUUAGGUCUUUGUCCUAAUGCUUUGUCCACAGUCAUAACUUUCACAUUUGUUGUAAAGUUAGGAAGCCUUAUGAUGUUAGAAACUCAAAAAAAAGAUUUUUGUGUGCAUGUUCAAGAUGAGUGAUGAAUUAGAAAAAUGAUUGUAGAAAUAAAUGUGAAAUAAAAAAUAUUUAGAGUGAA